CGGAGCGCUGUUGCCCUGCUUCCCUUGCGCUGCGCCCGCCCGCCCGCCCCCAAGCGUUGUCCGAGGAGCGGAGGGACGCGCGGAACUUCCAGUGCCGGGAUGGGUCGGCUGGAGCUGGCGGCGGCGGCCUCCCCGCCUGGCCCCACGUGCUGAAGCGCCAGCCGGGCCCCCCGGGGAUGGCGGGGCCCGCGGCGCGGAGCGGCUGAACCCAUCCCCGGACCUGCCGGCGGCCCAGGAUGGGCUCCGCCAUGGACCCCAAGGUCCAACAGGCCCUGCGGAAGAAGUCCUCGGAGCGGAGCCGCGAGGACUUAAAUAUUAUCUAUACUUAUCUUCAUGGAAUGGACAUAUUGUCACAUCUCAGGGAACAGCAGCUAAGAAUAAUGUCUUCAAGUGCCCGCUAUGAAAGAUACAAGGGAAACCAAGUUCUCUUUUGCUCAGAAACAAUCGCCAGAUGUUGGUACAUUCUUCUUUCCGGAUCUGUGCUUAUGAAAGACUCCAUGUUUUUACCACCAUGCAGUUUUGGCAAGCAGUCUGGAGGCAAGAGAGGAUGCGAGUGUAUUGUACUGGAACCUUCUGAAAUGAUUGUGGUGGAGAACUCCAAAGACAAUGAAGAAAAUAUCUUGCAAAGAGAAAUUCCCAUCAGACAGUCUCGGCGAAGGUUCAGGAAGAUUAAUCAACGGGGAGAGCGCCAGACCAUCACUGACCAUGUGGAUGCUAGCAGUUAUCUUUCGCUUCCAGCAGAUCUUACCAAGAUGCAGAUUGCAGACAAUCCACAUCCACAGGUGACUCAUGUCCCUUCCAGCCAGUCUGGAUGUAGCAUUGCCAGUGACUCUGGGAGCAGCAGCUUGUCUGAUAUAUAUCAGGCUACAGAAAGUGAGAUGGGAGAUGUAGAUUUAACAGGACUCCCAGAAGCACCUGUGGACUCUGAAGAUGAAGAGGAGGAGGAAGAUGAAGAUAUUGACAGAACUUCAGAUCCAUUAUUAGGACGAGACGUUGUACGAGAGUGCCUUGAAAAAGAACCUGCAGAUAAAACGGAUGAUGACAUUGAGCAAUUACUGGAAUUUAUGCAUCAGCUCCCAGCUUUUGCAAACAUGACCAUGUCUGUGAGAAGAGAGCUUUGUUCAGUUAUGAUAUUUGAAGUGGUAGAACAAGCGGGAGCCAUCAUACUGGAAGACGGACAAGAACUUGAUUCUUGGUAUGUCAUUUUAAAUGGCACUGUGGAGAUCAGCUAUCCAGAUGGGAAAACUGAAAAUCUCUGUAUGGGAAAUAGUUUUGGGAUUACUCCUUCUCUGGAAAAACAGUAUAUGAAUGGAGUGGUUAGAACCAAAGUAGAUGACUGUCAGUUUGUAUGCAUAGCCCAGCAAGAUUACUGGCGCAUUCUGAACCAUGUGGAAAAAAACACUCAUAAAGUUGAGGAAGAAGGAGAAAUUGUUAUGGUAAAGGAGCACAGAGAGCUGGAUCGCAGUGGAACCAGGAAAGGACACAUAGUUAUUAAGGCAACACCUGAGCGACUCAUCACACAUUUAAUAGAAGAGCAUUCCAUCGUUGAUCCAACUUACAUAGAAGACUUCCUUUUAACAUACAGAACAUUUCUCUCAAGCCCCUUGGAAGUUGGGGAUAAGCUCUUGGAGUGGUUUGAAGUAGAUAGCCUCAGGGAUAAGGUUACCAGAGUGGUCUUAUUGUGGGUAAACAAUCAUUUUAAUGAUUUUGAAGGAGAUCCUGCUAUGACGCGUUUUCUGGAAGAAUUUGAAAAAAACUUGGAAAAUACGAAAAUGAAGGGGCACCUCAGGUUGUUGAAUAUUGCUUGUGCUGCCAAGGCAAAAUGGAGGCAAAUUACCCUGCAGAAGGCUUCCAGAGACUCGCCUCUGUUUUUCAGCCUCCUGGGAGGAAGCGAGAAGGGUUUUGGUAUAUUUGUAGAGACUGUAGAAGCAGGCAGCAAAGCAGCAGAAGUUGGGCUGAAGCGUGGCGAUCAGAUAAUGGAAGUAAAUGGGCAGAACUUUGAGAACAUUACGUUUGUGAAAGCCCUUGAAAUCUUGAGGAACAAUACUCAUCUUUCCAUUACAGUAAAGACAAACAUUUUUGUAUUUAAGGAGCUGCUUAGCCGGAUAGGCCAGGAGAAAAACGGAGUCCCACAUAUUCCAAAAAUUGCAGAAAAGAAAAAUAACCGUUACUCCAUCCCAGAUAUGCCAGGAGACAUGGAACAGAUAUUUCCGCGUGAGAAAGGAAACAAAAAACUGAAAGCAAACACUGUAUCCGGUGGAAGAAAUAGGAUCAAGAAAAUUUUAGACAAGACUCGUUUCAGCAUUUUGCCCCCAAAACUAUUUAGUGAUGGCAGUGUAAGUCAAUCCCAGGAUGACAGCAUUGUUGGAACAAGGCAGUGCAGACACAGCCUGGCCAUCAUGCCUGUCCCUGGAACACUUUCAUCUAGCAGCCCGGACCUGUUGCAACCUACAACCAGCAUUCUUGAUUUUUCUAAUCCUUCAGCUGUUGGUUUUUACUAUAUUCCAGAUCAAGUUAUUAGAGUUUUCAAAGCAGAUCAACAGAGUUGUUACAUUAUCAUCAGCAAAGACACUACAGCGAAAGAAGUUGUGAGUCAUGCUGUGCAUGAAUUCAACUUGACAGGUGCAUCAGAGACCUACUCUCUCUGUGAGGUGUCUGUUAGUCCUGAGGGAGUCAUCAAACAAAGAAGGCUUCCAGAUCAGUUCUCAAAAUUAGCAGACAGGAUUCAGCUCAAUGGAAGGUAUUAUCUGAAAAACAAUAUGGAAACAGAGACCUUAUGCUCAGAUGAAGAUGCCCAAGAGCUGCUCAGAGAGAGUCAAAUAUCUCUUCUUCAGCUGAGCACCAUUGAAGUGGCAACUCAGCUUUCAAUGAGAGACUUCGAAUUAUUUCGCAACAUUGAGCCUACUGAAUACAUUGAUGACCUUUUUAAGCUGGACUCGAAAACAGGAAAUGCUCACCUGAAACAAUUUGAGGAUGUCAUUAACCAAGAGACAUUUUGGGUUGCCACAGAAAUUUUAACAGAGCCCAACCAGCUCAAAAGAAUGAAAAUUAUUAAACAUUUCAUUAAAAUUGCCCUCCACUGUCGAGAAUGCAAGAACUUCAAUUCCAUGUUUGCAGUUAUAAGUGGGCUAAAUCUGGCAUCGGUAGCACGACUCAGAGGUACCUGGGAAAAAUUACCAAGCAAGUAUGAAAAGCAUUUCAGAGACCUUCAGGAUCUUUUUGAUCCAUCUAGAAACAUGGCAAAAUACCGCAACAUUCUUAGCAGUCAGAGCAUGCAGCCUCCAAUUAUUCCACUCUUCCCUGUUGUCAAGAAAGAUAUUACAUUUCUACAUGAAGGAAAUGAUUCCAAAGUGGACGGCCUGGUAAAUUUUGAGAAGCUCAGAAUGAUUGCCAAAGAAAUCCGACAAGUUAUCAGAAUGACCUCUGCUAACAUGGAUCCAGCCGUAAUGUUCAGGCAAAGGAAGAAGAGGUGGAGGAGUUUGGGGUCUCUGAGCCAGGGCAGCACAAACUCAAAUAUGCUCGAUGUUCAAGGAGGUGCUCACAAAAAACGUGCCCGACGCAGUUCGCUCCUUAAUGCCAAGAAGCUAUAUGAGGAUGCCCAGAUGGCCAGAAAGGUGAAGCAGUACCUGUCCAACCUGAAUGUAGAAACUGAUGAGGAAAAAUUCCAGAUCAUGUCGCUUCAGUGCGAGCCUGCGUAUAGCACUUUGACAAAGAAUUUAAGUGAGAGAAGAGGUGGGAAAUCCUCAGAAAUGUCUCCAAUACCCUUGAGGUCAGUUGGCCAAACCACAAAAGUUCAGCAGCAUCAGCAAAACAGGAUGAGCCAAGUUCUUCAAGUUCCUGCUGUUAAUUUGCAUCCCAUUAGAAAAAAGGGACCAGCAAAGGACCAUGUCACGUUUAGUUCUCCUCAGAAGUCCUUAAGUUUGUCAGAGGAAGUAAGUAAGAAACAAGCAGAAGAUGCUGUGUCUGUGGCAUCUUCUUUGCACUCCAGUCCUCUUGCAUCUCCUCAGGGCUCUCCACGCAAAGUUGGUAACAUCCAGAGGUCUGAUAAUUGCAGUCAGAUGAAUCUCUCUGGAUCCUCUUCAUCACUUGCCAGUGAAACCAGUAACAAGAACAGUGGGCAACGCAGCUAUGGAAUAGGCUAUGCUCUCAUACCUUCUGCCAAGUCGGAUAAUUUCUCAGACUCCAGCCACAGCGAGAUCUCCUCGCGGUCCAGCAUAGUGAGCAACUGCUCUGUCGACUCCAUGUCUGCAGCCCUACAGGACGAGAGGGGUUUGCCCCAGUCUCUUAAUGUCGUGGAUUCGGUGGGACCAGAAAGAAAAGAACAUCCUCCACCAUUGGCUGAGUACAGUCAGCCUUGCCCAGGUUGGCCCCUACCUAGACCGGCUAUAAUCAGAGGAUUGGCUGUCACAUCGUCCAUGAGCAACGAGGAGAUCUCCCAUGAACAUAUUACAAUAGAAGCAGCAGACAGUGGCCGUGGAAGCUGGACUUCAUGUUCAAGUAGUUCUCAUGAUAACUUCCAGAAUAUCCAAAUUCAGAAAAGCUGGGAUCUCUUGAAUUCUUACCGCCACGCUCACUUGGAUGGACCUAUUGCUGAAGUAGAACCCACAAACUGUUACCCUGAAGAGGCGUAUUUGUAUUCCGAAGCCUUUUCCAAAAAUAAUAGGCAGUCCAAAACCAGCAUGGAAUUGGAUCAGUCCCGGCAGAGCUGGGCCUCCUCUAGCUCUCUGUCAGACACGUAUGAAACAAACUAUGGGACGAUUAAGCGGAGAGGGCUGGAGAACUCAACAAUGGAGCAGACUGAGAUUUUGGACUCUAAACCAGGCACUGAUGCAACUUAUAAAACUGUUACUUCUAGUACAGAAAAGGGCCUAAUAGUGUACUGUGUCACCUCACCUAAGAAGGACGAUAGGUAUAGGGAGCCACCGCCCACCCCUCCGGGAUAUAUGGGGAUUUCUUUAGCGGACAUAAAGGAAGGAUCACCCCACCACCCACACUUAAAACCUCCAGACUAUAGUGUGGCAGUGCAGAGGUCAAAGAUGCUACAUAGUGACCUCUCUAGACUUUCAUCAGCUUCUCUCAGUAGUGAACCAGUGGCCUGUAUUUCAUCGAAGAUGCCUCAGUGGCAUACCCGGCAGCCGUCCCAUCCUAAACUAACAGAUAUGACUGACGCAGAUAGUGAAGAGGAUGAAGAUGAACAAGUAUCAGCAGUCUAAUCAUACGGAUAUCUGUGUCAACCACUUCAAAUCAUGGGACAUGGAAAGAAGGACCAUACGAUUCUGUUAGCUUGUGCUAACAACUUGCUGCUACUAACCUCAAAAGUUGUAUAAGCCUCUGUCGUGGACCAGAUGAACCUGGCUGGAUCAUACAUCUUUAACUUGCUUCAGUCUACCACAGUCUAAGAAAACAAUUCAUGUCUGAGAGAGAGAACAGUUUCUAAGGGGAGUACUGACUGUCUACGUACUGAACAUCAGUAUCCUGAAAAGGACCAGUUUUAACACAUUUGGGACCACCAAUUGUCAAGAACCACUUGAAACUUGGGAGCAUUAUUCUAUAUGAUACCAUAUAAUCCUUUGGUAGAUUUCUGUCAUAAUUAUUUUCUACCUGAUCAUUAUAAUUGUAAAUUGGAGAGUGUUAUUUUAUGUACUUACUAAAAAAAAAAAAA